UUCCUGUAGACACUCAUGAAGGCUGAGGAGACACUUCGGUAGUUAGAUUAAAGUGUUAUAAACAUCAGCGUACAGCGAGGAGGAAAAUUUCAGUUUGGUUUUAUGACAGUGAAUUAAAAUAGGCACCAGGGGGUGGUAAAAUCAAGCCGAAACUGCAAAGAUUCCUUUAAAGUCUGAUAUCUUUGUCUCUUGUGCUGCACCUCUGAUCUAAUUCUUUAUAAAUGAUAAAUGACCCACACUUCUAUCGCACCUUUCAGAGUCAGAGGACUCCAAAGUGCUUUACACUGCAGUUUAUCAUUCAUCUAUUCACACACACACACACACACACACACACACAUUCACACACUGAUGGUGAAGAGCUAAAAUGUUGCCACAGCUGCGCUGGGGCACACUCCCGGGAUUCGGGAUCGAUCCUACAACCUUCAGAUUACUGGACAACCUGCUGUACCUCCUGAGCUACUGCUGCCCCUUAUAUGCAGUAUAUAAACAUAAAACAUUAUAGGUCUGGUGUGAGAAGUACGACUCCUCUGCAGCAGUCUAUUCUAGAUCAUCUCGGUCUUCCCCUCUCAUCACGAGCAGUGUCACCAGCAGUGAUGGCUGAUGUGUGCAUACAGCUGGUAGACCGUUAGUGUGUAAGCGCUGCAGCUGAAGGUGAAACGAGGUUUUCCACACAGACAUGGAGCAGCUAACAGCUGGUUGGCAUACUCCUGUCGGAUCGUGUGUUUCUCGACCAUCUGCAGGAUGGUAAGUGAAGUGUGUCUUCUGCAUUUGGAGGAGAAAUGAAGCGGGCUGUGCAACACGACACAAGGCUCCUGCACCAGGAUCCUUUAUUAAUGAGCUUUUGUUUAUUUUGAUUAUGUCCUCCAAACCGCUUUGUGCUCCACCUGUGAGGAUGUGGCGGUUUUAAGGGUUCAGGAAUCUGCUGUAAAUCGUUUGAUUAUUCAAACACAACCCAGGUGUGAGUCCCAUGUAAAGGAUGUGAUUGAUGCCUAAGUGUCUGGCUUCACAUACGAGUUAGUUGGCUUCUGACUUGUUUGAGCAUCCAGAUUAAUGAAGUGGAUUAUAUCCCUGAGGAGGAUAGCAAAGUAUGUAGUUAGAGCUCAGGUCAGCCAGGUGUCACCCGAGUCACUAACAUCUGUGGAGGCUCACAGAUGUGACAGUCUGGUAAAGCUCUGAUUCAGAACAAGCAGGCAUCCCUAUUUUUCCUGGGAUUGUGACACUUUAGAAGUGGUGAGACUUAAAGGUAUUGCAACAGUUUUUAGGAACAAAUAACAUCGGUCGAAGUCUGUAAAGAUCUGCUGUAUGAUGCAGCAGCCUCCUGCUGCUCAGCGGUCCCUUGUGUGGUGUCUGUCUGCAGGCUGCUGCUGCCUGUCGAUCAGUAACGACUCAGUCAGGACGGAGAAUCUUCAAUGAACCUGAAAGAUUGGAGGGAAAAUUGAGGCUUUGCACCAAAUACUGGACCCAGAUGAAACAUUAAAGUGUUGUUAGUUAGGAGAGGAAAUGCUCAUUUGCUGUAUAUUUAUCUCUAUUCUGAUCUCAAACUUUAUUUAUGAAAGAACACACGCCAAAGGACGUUGACCCGGAGCUGUUGCAAAAUCAUGCUUUUGUUGGAAGUCUCUCACAGACUUCUGGAUCUGACUCUGGUUCUCACACUUUCAGGAUGUUUUGUUUUUCUGUGGUGUGAAUAUUUAACAGCUGUGUUAAACUUUUCACUAUCGACUGGGAUUCACACAGAAAACCUAAAUAAUAGUAUUUAUGUGUAAUGUAUUAACAGAUCCUAUUUUUCAGAACGGGUGACAUGUUAUUAGAAAUAAAUUGAAUAUUUUUUUCAAUAAGACUGGGUUUAAAUGGUAUUUUUUCUGUUUUGCCCUGCAGUGUUAACUCACACUUGACAAACGUGAACAUCUUGUGAGUCAAUGGGGUUACCGGCUACCGUUAAAAUAAGUGAUGAGUCUCUUAGUCUCAUUGAGGCUGGCACCUUUAAGGGAACACAGGAAGCUCAGUCCAGACGCUGAUGUAAUUUCUCUUAUUGCAUCUUUUUAAGACACAAUGCAGCUGUGUUUCAGCAGAUCUGUGGCUCCCACUUCAGUCCUCAGCGGUGUUGUGAUAAGGCACAGCGGGAGCCAAAAAUCACACAAAGUGGUUUUGUGUUUGUGUAACGUGGGAGCUGGACGGGGCUGGAAUUCACCGUAACAACACCCGGGCCACACACACCAACCUAACCCGCUGACUUCCUCACACCAGGGCAAAUGGAGUCCACCACCAACUCAUGUUGGGUUUUGUUGGUCUCCUUUUGUCUCACAGGUGUUUGCUUCAGUGCAACAAGCUGGUGUAAAAUGUACUUCUCGCUCCUGUUUCACGCCGUCAUAGGUGACUUGUGGAUUCUUGGUGAUUCAGCAGCAGUUUGGGAUUAAAUUCCUGUGUCUUGUUUUGAAUAAUUACAGGAAAUGAGCCCCACAAGUCAUAGAAAUGUCUGUCUGCCAAAGGUAGUAAUAUAGAGGGCAAUUGCCCCGUUCAGGGCAAACCAGGCUUUCUGUUUUUGGCUUUAGAUUGGCUUGAUAUUGUACUUUUUUCAUAAAUUAUCCAGGUUAGGUUACACCAUCCAUGGUGCUGCUAAUGAUGAAGUUCAGAAACAGCUACAGAUUACAAGCAGGGCUGCACAAACACCCUAAAAUCCACAGUAGAGGCUGUAAUUAUUGUAGUAUAUGCAGCUCCUUUAAACAUUUGUGCUGCAGACGUCUCCUGAGGAGUCUAAUGGUGAAAAUAAAAGGCUGAAGUGAUCCAGAGGGAUACGUCUGAAAGUCGCUCUCUGCAGGCGGGUGUGGGUUCACUGAGGUUACGAGGUGUGCAUACAGCCUGGAUAAGCCACAGAUUUCAGAGAGACUCUUCCCUUUGCUCACAAACCAGAGUGAACUUGAAUUUAGGGUUGAUGCAUUUAAGUGAAUCAAACAAUGGAAUUCCUAGCUUGUGAUUUGUGCAAGCCUUUCCCUUAACCUUUGUUGUGCAUUCCUACCUUCUGGGGGGGGUAAAAACAAAAGUGAACAAACUGGUUUCCAACAGGAAUCUCUCCUCAUCAGAUAAAGAUCCUUAAUUGAAUGGAGGAGGAAGUGUAGGAAGUGUAAGUUCAGCAAAUCCAGCAGCUCCGGGUUCCUUUACUAUUGUGCACCAAUAUUUAUGUUCCUGCUGAGAUGCUGCUAAAUGCUUUAGAGGGCGUCGGCGUGAGCUGGGAGUUACUGUACUGCAGCUGGGACGUUUGAGCCCACAUUAAUGUGUCUGCACACUUAUCCCGACCUGUGAGAGCCACACGGGGUCUAACCGUGCGACCGCUGCACUUUUUUAGUUUGAGAUGAAUGAACACCGCUUCACUCAUAAUUGUGAUGAGAUGUAUCGUUCGUGCUUCUGUGAGCGGCCACUUAACAGUCAGAAGCAGCAGGUGGCACUGUCCUUCCUCCCGUUGUCCAUGCUAAAGCGUCUGCUCAGAUAUGUGCAUAACGAGUCCUGCUUUCAUGCAGAUGCAGGCUGGAGAUCACAGCUCUGCUGCUGAAGCUGAGCCAAGGCCCUCUGGCCUGAGAUGACAUCACAGUACAAACGACAAGAAAGUGACCUUUUUUAUCUCGUUGCCCAUGAUGAUGUCCAGUUUGAUCCUCCCAGCCGUGUGACGCUUUGCUUUUCUCUGUGUGCGCAGGCCAGCCUGCAGGUUGGUGCAGCCUGGUUUUGUGUUUCUCCGGCUGCGCCGCGGUCCGUGAUGAUCACCGUCAUGAUAGAGCCAGAGAAUAUCUAAGCAGCCGCCUGCCCAGACAGCGUCUGUCGUUACAGGAAGUAAACGUCUCCUUCCUGUGCUUUUCUCCUCACCCUCUCAUCCAGGCCAGCUCUGAACAUGUGUCCCAUAAAACGGGGGAUUUGCCUGCUGUGUGGUUUGUUUAACUGGUGUGUGUGUUGACCUGAUGCUAUUUUAGCUGCUCUCUGUCUACCACUUAAAGCGGUAGCAGUUGGCACUCCAAUGUCGGGAUCAUGUAACGUUUUUCUGCUUCUGGGGGGAGAACUAGCUCCUGUUUAUCCUCCUCGGUGUCACAUUAGCAUCAGAUCUACGCCCAGACACAAGCGCAACGUUUUCAAACUACGUGUUUUUUUGUUGUUGUCAAAUCUCUGGUUGUGCUUCAUCUCUGGGUCCGUCACUCUCCGUUGAAGCCAGAAGCACCAUCAGCCACUGUUUUGCUUCACUGGUGUUUGGCUUUUUGCUACAGAAACUCAAAAUGCAUCAGCUCACACUUUUAGACUCCUUCACAUCUUUACAAAGUCCAAUACGGGGAUUUAAUCACAAAACCCUAAUUCUUUAAGAAUGAGGGAUAUUCCCAAAGAUUAUAGGAAAAGCUCUGUGCUCUGGCCCACUUGGGUGUUUGUGUGUAUGAGCGUUCGAUAAAAAGAUUAUUUGUAGUAUGUAGGCCACACACUCUCACACACUCACACACACGCUGGUUUUGUGCUGCACUGACCCUGCCAGCUGGGAGGUUUGUUGGAUGUGACGGCCUUUUUAAGGACCCAAGCUGCCAUCUUCUAAUUUUGAAUUUCCACUUUUCUUUCUACCUGCUGUCCACGUUAAAGUUAGAUUCAUCCUGUUCUGUUGCAAAAAAAAUAUUUGACAACCAUCUUUUGUGGUUUUCUAAAGGUGCAGCUCUAAAAGCAACAUAGAUUUCCUUCAUGUCCCGUUGUUGUGUGUUGUUCUCUUGGAGAAUGAGGUCACAUGAGGCUCUUGUCCAGAUGACAGGGCAGAUGUUGGUCUCCCCGGCACUUCGUCUUAAGGCAGGAGACUCGUGCACACACAAGCUGCAUGAAAGCUGCAGGUCAGGGAGGAGACUUUGAAACCCUCCAGAUUCAGAGAGGCAGAAACUGAAGCUGUACCUGUCCCCCAGUGUGAGGGGAUACGUAGGGAAGAACUGGAUCUCGUUGACUAGUGCUGAGGCAGGGACAGUGGUUUUGUUUGUGUCAUGUGGAAAUCCUAAAGACAAAGGUACCUCUCAGAGGAGUUUUCUACAAGUUUCUGUUGUAAUUCUAGAGCGAUAAGAUGGCAGCAACCUCAGAAACUAGCAGUGACACAGAGGUAUGUAUUCUUCACCUUCUGCUGGCAUUAUACUUACUAUCUCUCAGUAUGUUUUUGUGAAUUGUUACCAAAAGAUUAAAACUGAAGCCAUAUAAAACCUAAAACACUCACAUGGGUGUGUGUAAACAGGCUGUCGAGACUUUUUUCCUUCCUGUCUGUCUUUAAACUCAUCAUGUUUGACAGCUUAAUGCAUCAUAAGUGUUGAGUCUGGUAUGCUAUACACCAUUAGAAUACUACUGGUUUACUUUGAACAGCAGAUAUGGAGGAAUAAGUAGUGUUGUGAUCAUGUGACUAUGUGAUCCUGUUGCUGUAGGAUGGGAUUAUUUCUGUCCCGUGUCUCUGCGCUGAGCCAGCUCCACACAGAGCGCUGCUAUCACCAUCCAAACAACCACAGCAUUCACACAGAGCGCACAUGGCUCGCUUCACCACCUGCUCCUGGCCUCGUCUCAAAGAAAAGCAUUACUGGAUUUUUAGGAAAUUACAGCAUUAUGCUGUGGCCGUAUGUGUUCACGCUCUCCCACACAAUGCCAGCGUGCAUGUGGGUUUUGGUGCCAGCGACUGUGUCGGCUGUGUUUCCUGUCAUUCUGAAAUGCGCUCUCAUCAUCGUGCAUCAAUAACACCAUGCUGUAUAGUUUCUUUAUGACUUCUGGCGUCUUCUGAUGGCAUUUCCCAUGUCGUACAGGGAGCAUUCAAAGAGGGCUUUCCCCCCUGAGAGCAGCACUAAACGCAACAAAUCAUCAUCCAUCAGCGGCAUGUCGGCCAAACGCACAGCCACGAUCCAAGAGUAACAAAGCUUCACAUUCAGCUUGUUUAUUUUCUGCUGGGUUUCAUGUCCUUCGAUUGUUUCUCAGCGACUGCGUAGAGGUUUUAUCCCCAGUGAAAGCCAUGCAUUGCUUCCCUCUGACAAACUUGGUGUUAUUGUCCUUACGGAGGUUUCUUUGAUAGUCUGACUGCUUAUUGACUUCAAUUAAAAUCUCUGGUUCUGACUGUAUAUUCACCAAACAGCACCAUGGUUAGCUUUAGUUUCCUAUUUGUGUUGUGUGUGUGUAACAAACAGCAGAUUCCAGGCCAGCUGAGAUCUCCAGGAAAAAAUUCUGCUGUUCCCGUUUUGAAGCUCAAAAACACCAUAAGUGCAUUUUUAUCAGUAUUCCAGGAAAUGCCAAAGAAGCCUGUGUUGCAGUGAGAUACGUCACUGCCAGAGACAAAGUUUUUGUCCGCAUGCCGUGGCUUAAUUUCCUCAUUUAUUUGGCGUUGCUGAAAACGUUGACGGGAAGGAAGUCCUUAAAGCAUAUUUGAGUAAUGUGAGGAAGUAUUUAAGCUGUCUCCCUACACUUUAAAGUUUAUUUGUCAUUACCUAAUUCAGACCCAACUCAGACCUUCUGCAGGGAGGUUUUCACAUGUAUGACAUCAUCAAACCUAAAGUCUGCUUGGUCUGAACUGACCCUGGAUCUGAUGCAGAAAUUCUAAUUGGUUCAAGUCUCAGAUGACAUGCAGCCUUUUGGGAGCUUCUGUGUUUUAAUAAAAUGUGUUAAAUUGCGGUCAGAGUCCACCGAGUGUUAUUCUAGUUUAAGAAUCCCCUCACGUGCUGAGGACGUAGCGUGACCAAAUAUGGUUAAUUGGGGGCGUUUCUGUUUGUAAAUGAUGGCGAACGAACACAAGCACCUCGGUACGCACAGGUGGGAUUUAUCAUCAGACGAUUGCGGAGGAACGUGUGUAGGAGACGCCGCCGCAUGUUUCAUAAAUCGGUCUUCUGACUGUUUGUACACACAUUCUAAAUUUGAGUCGUAGGAGGGAAUAUAGGACAGUUUCCACACAGGUGUUUCCAACUAAAACCUUCAAGCUUAUGUUGUGUUUUGCCAUUUAUCGGUGUCCUGGGUCAUUGGGAGCCCCAGCAAACUUUCAUAUGUGAUACAGAGGCUCAAACAACAGUUUCCAAGUGUCAAACAAAAUCCUUUCUUAGGACACUUUUAAUGUGUUGCUGGAGGAAAACAUUUUGUGAAAGUAAAGCAGGUUGCACGUUCAUCUGAGAUCAUCGAUUAUCAGUUUGCAGCUCUGGAUUGUUUUCCAGUUUAAACCUUAUCUUUCUGCCUUACAAAGCAGGAGGAACGUACAUCCUCUGCCUGCACACUGUGAAGUCUGUCCCAUCAUUAGGUUUUAAAGGUGAUGUAACCUGAUAGCAUCUGAGGCUUUAAGAAGCUCUGAAGCUACACUCGUGUUCAGGAAUGCCUCUGAGGGAAAGAAAAUAACAGAAUGCCUCUUUAAAAUGUCUCAAAGUCACAUUUAAAUGGAUCAUCCGAGGUUUAUUACAAUUUAAUUAUUUAAAUGCAUGCUUCCCCUCCAGUCCUCUGUCGGAAACAGAAACUACUAGUAGUUUAAACUCCUGGUGAUGUAUUCAGCUUGUAGCCUAUGAAUUGGUGGCGUGAGGCUCAUCGAUGCUGCUGACCAGUUCCCCGGGGCGCUGAGCGGCUCGAUGAAGCCGAAGGACACCGUGUCCUCUGGGACGGAGGUGUAUAAAAGCCAGAACUGCUGCUCUCUCUUCUUCUCUGCCUGCUGGAGUCUGUGUGAGGAGCAAACAGGGAAGAAGAAGCAGCUCUGCAUUCAGAUAACAGGGAAACAGAUUACGAAGUGCAGCAUAGCCCCAUUUGCAAUGGAGGACAGUGACCAUGAGCCUCCCACUUCGUCAGACGAGCAGGACUCCUGUCCAUCGUCCCCUAAUCACAGCAUCACCCAUAACGCGACUCAGCAUUCCAGCCAUUCAGACGACUCAGAGGUGGAAAACAUAAUGCAUGAUCCUCCACAUCAUGGAGGCCACAGCCAUCAGCACCCGCUCGAAGCUCACGGUGCAGACGGCGAGGCUGAGGGCCUGGACUGCCCCCACACCCCGUCUUAUCUGCGGCCCCCGGUGGCCGGGCGGGCUCAGUCAGACUCGGGUUCAGACAUCAGCCUGCCUCUGGGCAGAAGUGUGGAGUUUGAGCUGCCGUCUCCUGUCAGUCCGUCCAGACCCCGGAGCCCCUGGGCUCUUUUUGACCCGUACAACAACAACGAGGACCAGGACAAGGAAUAUGUGGGCUUUGCAACACUACCCAACCAGGUGCAUCGUAAAUCUGUCAAGAAAGGAUUUGACUUCACGCUCAUGGUGGCUGGUGAGUCUGGCCUGGGAAAGUCCACGCUGGUCAACAGUCUGUUUCUCACAGAUCUGUACAAAGAUAGGAAACUGCUCAACGCUGAAGGUGAGGACACCACCACCACCACCGUACACGUUAGUCUCGUAGUGGUUGAUGUUUUAAACCAGAGCCUUUUCCAUUUCCUCCCAGAGAGAAUCACACAGACGGUGGAGAUCACCAAACACACGGUGGACAUAGAGGAGAAAGGUGUGAAGCUGAAGCUCACCAUCGUGGACACACCUGGGUUUGGUGACGCUGUAAACAACACUGAAUGCUGGAAGUCUGUGGCCGACUACAUCGACCAGCAGUUUGAGCAGUACUUCAGGGACGAGAGUGGACUCAACCGCAAGAACAUCCAGGACAACCGCGUACACUGCUGCCUCUAUUUCAUUUCCCCCUUCGGCCAUGGCCUCCGACCUUUGGAUGUUGAGUUUAUGAGGGCUCUGCACGAGAAGGUCAACAUCGUCCCCAUCUUGGCCAAAGCAGACACCCUCACCCCCAUUGAAGUAAAAAAAAAGAAGUUUAAGAUCAGAGAGGAGAUCGAGCAGUACGGAAUCAAGAUUUAUCAGUUCCCAGACUGUGACUCUGAUGAGGAUGAAGAAUUUAAGCAGCAGGACCUGGAGCUGAAGGAAAGCAUCCCUUUCGCUGUGAUCGGCAGCAACACGGUGGUGGAGGCCAAAGGGAAGAGGGUGCGAGGCCGGCUCUACCCCUGGGGCAUCGUUGAAGUGGAGAACUCGACACACUGCGACUUCAUCAAGCUGAGGAACAUGCUGGUCCGAACUCACAUGCAGGAUCUGAAGGACGUGACCCGGGAGACGCACUAUGAGAACUACAGAGCUCAGUGCAUCCAGAGCAUGACCCGCAUGGUGGUGAAGGAACGCAACCGCAAUAAACUAACCAGAGAGAGCGGCACAGACUUCCCAAUCCCCAUGGUCCCCGGAGUGGCAGAGAGCGAGACGGAGAAGCUUAUCCGAGAGAAAGAUGAGGAGCUGCGGAGGAUGCAGGAGAUGCUUCAGAGGUACCAGGACCAUCUGGUCUCUCAGAAGGACGGCCAUUAACGAUGGAUCAACGUCCACAUCGGAGACAACGGGAAUCUUUCCUUCCACUUCUGGACACCGACGCUCUGAGGAGGUGGUAGGAGGAGACGUCUGAUCUUCCGCUCCACUUUAAAACAUAUCAGAACUUUAAUUUCCCCGCGUCAUCACCAGGGCUAAAACUCACUUUUCCUGUUUAAUUUCUAUCUGUACGUUUUCUUUCAUCUGUUUAUUUUCUGUUUCACACUCGAGCUGUCCCCCUUGUCUUAAAUGUUCCAGGUUUUAUUUCAUACGGAUUAUAAUCUUUUUGACGUUAGUUUUAUUUGUCUGUACGUUUGUUUUAAAAGUUUCUGCUUGUGUUUUUUUAUAUUUUCGGCCUCUGAUGCCUGACUUUAAUAUCGAAGGUCUUCAGUAAUAAAUCCAAUAACUGGUGCACAUUAAAAGAACAUUUAUUUGCAAUAAUUAGAUUUUCCUGAAAGUAGAGACGAGUAGACCCAAUGUUUGCAGGAGAGUUGCAUCUUUGGAUGGUGUAUUUAUUUUUGCAUGUUUCUUUUAAUGAUAACUCUGAUUGCAGAUGUUUGUGACAACAGAUGUUUUUUUUUAUUAUUUUGCUUUAUCUUGAUGUUUGAGUGUUUAUGUUAACAUUUACUUUACUUAUAAAUCUUUCUAUCAAAGUCUGAUGGAUUCAUAUUUCAAACUUUUUUAUUAAGAAUUAUGAUCAAAAUGACUUCUGUGGAAAAACAAAGCAUUCCUUGAGUUUUGUCAGGUAAUAUUUCUAUUUCUGAAUUUGUUUUAUACUAAAAGUUGAUUUAUGUUAUGGUUUGUUUGUUUUUGGGAUGGGGGGUGAUAUAUUUAUGUACUGAAUUUAUAAUCUGAAUGAAUAUAAGGAGGAAAGCAUACAAAUGAUACUAUAAUUCUACAAUUAUAUUGUAAUAAAAUAUGAAUAUAAUUUUCUCCAUCA